CUCAGAUUUACAGUCUAGAAACGAUGAGGUCUAGAGUAGAUGAUGAACGUUAACUGGUGUAAUCGAACAUGUCGAAAGAGUCACGAAAAUGAAUGGGUUUGUCAGAUGUUGAUGUCAAGUAAUUUAGGAUAAAAAAGGAUGGAGUUCAAAUUCAACAUCAACCAUUUGUUUGGAGAGACCGUGACCGUGGUUGAUAGUCGCUUGGAGCCAUGUAGAUCAACAGGAGAGAAUCUCAGACUGAAUAUGGAAAAAGUCAUCAAUGAAAUGGGACAGGCCUCAGCAAAAGCCCAAGGAUUGCAUGGGCCCAUUACUUCAGCACACAAACUUGGCUACUCCAAUCAUCAUCUGUAUGUUAUGAAAGAUGCUUCUGCCAAUGGAGGUUUGGGUGCUGCGGUUGGAAUUCUGAAAGUUGGACGCAAGAAGCUGUUUGUGUUGGAUGCCCAUGGCAACCAGAUUGAGAUGGAGCCACUGUGUGUUCUAGACUUCUAUGUCCACGAGUCUUGUCAGAGGAGGGGGUGUGGCAAACGGCUCUUCCAGGCAAUGCUGGGGAACGAGGGCAUCCAGGCUCAGCACCUACCCAUCGACAGACCCUCCCACAAAUUUACUUCCUUCCUGACCAAGCAUUAUAAUCUGCGGGCAACAAUCCACCAGGUCAACAAUUUUGUCAUCUUUGAUGGUUUCUUCAGAGGACAACCAGAGGAGAGCUUCGUCAGAAAACGAUCGGGGAUUGCUGGAAACCGGAAACCACCGCUGGCGCCUAAUAAAAGAGAGAUCCCUCACUCAGGUUAUCGCAAUGCCUCCAAUGCUGCCUUAUGGUCCCACCAUCACCACACCACCACCAACGCCUCCACCAGACGUAACUCCCUAGACAAUCCCACUACAGCCCAGGCUGAGCUGACCAAGGACGCGCUGCCAAGUAUCGGUCGGUCUGGCUCGGCUGGUUCCAUCAGCUCCCAGAGAUCCGGUGGCAGUCCUCACACGCCGGGCACUUCAGAAACAAAAGAUCCGCUUUUGACAGGAAACGGUGCCCAAGCGAACAACUACAGCAGACACAAACUUCUGACAGGAACACCCCCAUCUCCAAGUGGAACUGCCUUGAGGCCAAGGAAUUCUCCUGUGGCAGCAAAUGUGUCACUUGUGCCCAAUGGAUCGCCAGUACAUGGGGGGCGUGUCCCAAUCAGGGAUGCCACGCCCCCUUUCGGACGACCUGAUGCCAUUGGUUUAAAUAGCCACCUGACAACCCAGACGCGGGACGGUCAUCUGAAAUUGUCUCCAAUUGCAACUUCCACUGUCCCUGGUGGAACUCUCAAGCAAAGUCCUGUUCUUCCCGGCAUUGGUGCCGCCACCUCCCAGCAAGCCGUGACUGGAUCCCCUUCCAACCCCAACGGCUACGGCUACAACUCUAGCUCCGCCCCUAGCAGCGGCCUGACCAGCGAGGGCAACUAUUGUGUGACUCCGCCUACUAAAACCAUGCACUCCUCAUGGAACGUCAUGGGUAUCCCACCCAGCUACCAACAGCAGCACGGAAUGGCCCACAGGACACCCCGUGGUGGGGGGUCCAACCGACCCUGGUGACAUCUGCCAAUCAGUUGGAAUCAACCAAUUAGAUCACAACAUUUGGUCAGGUGACCACAGUAGCUCAGUCUAACUUAAAUCUUAAUGACUGAGAGAAAUGCACACAAAGCAAAGGUGGGCGGGGCUUGUGGUCCAUUUCAUAGAUCUGCUCAGCAUAGAAAUGUGCUAAGCACAAAAACUAUUUGCUGAGGAAAUACAGCUUAUCAUGUGUUUAGCAAAUGGGUUUAUCAUGUCAUGUAUUCUUGUGACUGGGUGUCAUUAAUUUGCUAAGCGAUGAUCAUCGCUAUGAAAUAAGGUCGAUGCCAAAACUCUGUUGUACAAAAAAUGUUCAUAGAUUGAACAUGUAUGCCAAAAGCCAAACUUGUUUCCACUACCAGAAAACCUCCAGAUAAACUGCUUGCAGGAAGGAUGCAGCAUGAAAAUCAUUUCUCAAAAAAAUUCACUGCAAGCGAGCUCCACGUCAAUAUUCAGAAAAUGGCAUGAGUAAAUGUACUUAAAGAUUUGAUGAAUACUUUAUUUUCUUCAAUGUCACAAUUGAUGACGACCGACUUUUGAGACGUUCCCUAACUGUUGGAAUGCACAAGGAGUACAGUGUUUAUAAAAUUAGUUAGUGAAGGGCAAAACCUCAUUUUAAAGGUCUUCAUACUUAAGCAACAAAAGCUAUGCAUUGGCCGAUAAAACAUGCUAGUCACUGGUGCUGAAAUGUUAUACAAUGUAAUGCGUAAUUGCCAGUCCAAGUCCCACUAAGAGUUACAUAAUGGACAUUAUUGUCUUACGUGAAUAUGUAUGUACAAUGUACAUGCAAGGGGAGAUUUAAACACUGCACUAAUGCACUACACUUUUCACAGCAAACCAAGCUAUGCAUUGUUUAUGUGUUUGACUGUCAUAAAAGUGCAUUUUUCCCAAAUUUCUGAAACUUUACGUUCCACAGCAGUAAAUUAUGCGUGCUUCUUAGAGUCUGAACUUUCUUGUAUGUGUUCAGAAACUAGCUGGCCUCUUUAUUCCAGAAUUUUAUUUCCAACAAUUCAGUUGUCUUGAACAGUGUGAAGUUGUAGUUGAAGCAAGAUGUCUUUUUUAGGCAUGUGGCUGACUUGCAGUGUUUUGGGGAAAUAAAAUGUUUUGUGAUUGUGGUCGUUAGCCUGUUCCUCUGUCUGUCUUUGUGUUUCUCUAGAAAUUGUUGCAGUACCAGUAUAUUCCUCUGUUUGUUUAUGUGAACCAUGUACAUGGGCUGAGUCAUUUUUUUUUACCUCUAAGUCUUUGGUAUGAUGGUGUAAAAAUCGUUAUGAACACUUCAUGCCUUGAAAUACAUACAAUGUGUUCCACACUUCUGCCAGGAACAUACAUUCUAGCUCAGGAAAUCACAAAGGUCAGGACUGGUGCACACUGUGCCUUGCAAUGUCGAGAUGAAAUCUAAACUUUGUUGCCUCAUAAUACUUCUUAAAUAAAUCAGGAGUCAAACUAAACUCCGUAAUCUUCAUUUUAUGUUUUCAAAAUCCACCUGUCCACUCUUCAUGACGUUCAUGCAUUCUAGAGUAAAAUAUCUAUUUCAUGGAACCUACAUUUUGUACAUGUACAUUUAAGAAGUCACCUAGAAUUGUUCUGGUUCACAAGCACUGUGUAUUUGCCGACCUACACAAAUGUAAGUGGAUCUCUAACUUGAAUUACCACGUAAAUGACAAUCGGUCUGUAAUAAUUGGAUUUCUGGAAUAAUUUUAAUUAUUGUGCUCAGGAUAUUAAAUCAGUUUAAUAUUCUUAGCACCAAGAACACAUAUUUGAACACAUUUGGGAGUGUCAUCUUUCUGAAACCAAAUCUAAAUUGGACAUUUUAAAAUCUUUACAGUGUGUAUGUGUGUGUGACAGAUAAUAUACAAAGAACAAAGAUGUAAAAGAAUACAAAGACAUUUUUGAUAGUUUAUGACUGUGAUAAUAUGUUAAUAGAAACACUUAAUUGAGACAAUAUAUUAAUAGUAGGAAUUGAUAGGACUAGAUAGAUAGUGCUGAGACAUGUGCCGUCCGAAAGUAAUUGUUUGGUCAAUUUGGCAAAGUAAGAAAGGAAAGAAUGUAGUAUUCUCAUGCCACUUCAAUGGUUGUGUAUGAAGUCUGUGGGGAAUCAUUAAAAUAUUCUCAUUAUUUGGACAUUUGGAAAUCUGUUUUUUAGUCCAAAAUGCUUGGUUUUUUAAUUUAAUAUUUGCAACAACUGACCAUUGUUGAGGUUCAUGUAAAAAGUGGCGUCAGGAUACAGCACUCUAUCCACAAGAAAAUAAGAGGUAACUUCUGUGCAAUAUUUUUAACAAUUAUAACUGCAUUAAUUGUAUAUAAGGUUUUUUUAUGUCAAAGUGUGAAAAACAUUUCAAAGUUUAUUUAAUUAUUGUAAACAUCACACCUGUGUUCCAUAGCAGCCAUCUUUGAUUUUUUUUCCCCUGCAACAAUUGGUACACGGCAAUUUCUUCAUCCCUCCUGGUUCACAAUCUCGGCUUUUCCUGCAGCGCCAAUUUGAAGCCACAAAUGAUUGAACAAAUUUGUCAAAGCUCGGGCAAAAAAGUAACACUUAAACCAAAGCCAACAACAUUCAGCUUUGAGGGUCGAAAAUCCUGAUCUAAGCAUCAUAAGUAUCCUAUUAGUUACUGUGCUGAAGAGCAAUGUGAGUUUUGCAAAGGCAGAGAGACUGGUACUUUCCAUUUCAAAUAAGAAAUCACAUGAAGACAUCCUAUUGGUGUUGGGGAAUCAGACACAGAAUAUUCUUAGUAAAUUGAAGGGCACUUAUGCAGGGUACCAAUCAAAGGCUGUUGGUAUGUGUGUCCUGCUAUACAACUUUUUGGCUGGUAACCUGUUGAAGCUAGAAAAAAAAUGUGUGGUCUGCAUUUUGCUGGAAAUGGUAACAGUUGGUACAAAAUGUACAUGUACAUUCUACUGUGGUAUUUGAAGAGGCUGUUUGGAAUGGAAGGGUUAAUUGACAUCAGAAAUGUUUUGUAGGGAUCAUUGAAUUCCCACCGAAGAAUAUUCAAUUGGUCGUAUUUAAAGGUUUCAGAAAGCAAACUUUAUUUUUACAGUCAAGGGGAAGACCCAAAAAUCAGAAUGGAGUGGAAUUGUUAUGAAAGGGUGUAGUUUAAUAUCAAGCGACCAAAUGUGGUCUCAGAAAAUGAUGAUGUAGCUUAGAGAUAGAAACUAACAAAUAACAUUUAAAGAAUGAAUUGAGAACAUUAAAUCAGGAUCUUCUCUGGGUACUUUGCAUUUAUUAAACCGAGUUUCUUAUUUCACUUGUGCUUUGUGAUACAUCUCAUAUUAGUAACGUCUGAUAAACAAUGUAAUUGUGUUACUGUUUAUUUUUCAAUGCCACUUCAGAAGUACUACAUGUAGUUUGUUUAACAGACUUAAAGUACUGGAACUUUUUUUCAGUCCUAUACCUAGGAUAUUCUGGGUAACAUUUCCCACAACCUGAAGGCCAAGAAAGUGUGUGACUGGAGGGUAAACGGUUAUCAAAUUCUCAAAAUUAUUUAAACUGUAAAAUAGUCUCAGUAACAACGUUCAUCCUCAUCAAAAAUUUGUGUUAAAAAAAUUCUGAUAAGGAGAAAAAUAGUAAAAAAAAUGAUAAUAGAAUUAAAAAAAAAACCUCCUUCAAAAGGCACACAACUAGGUUGCAUUUUAAGGCCAGAACACUUGCCUAAGGAGAAUAAAUGCAGGAUAGAAAUCAGAUAGGAAAAUGCCUAUCAAUGGUACUUCAAAUGGACUAGGUUUUAAACAAGAUCUUAACACCAGAAGAAAAUAAAACGUCAACAUUUGGUGGGUAUCGUUCAACUCUUCUAUAAUAAAAUUUUUUUUAAGAGGUUUUAAGCACCUUUAAACAAUGUCUGGAACUCUAGACUAACUUUAUAGAGCUUUUUUAAACGAUAUUAAUUUUAAAAACAAACUCUGAAACAGAUAAAAAGCAUUUGAAACGUAUACAGACCAGCUGUGCUUGCUUAAAAAGAGCAAAACAUUAAAUAUACAAGUAGACUUGGCCAGUUUCAUGAAACCAUUAAAGCAGAAAUAAAGCAGAUUACAGCAGCUUUAACUCGUUUCCAACACACCUUGCUUACUGUAACUUCUGCUUAGCAUGAUUUCUGAUACACAGCUAUGAAACUGGCCACUUACAUGUAAAAAAACAAUAUAACAUAUUUGGUUUGAGCGUAAGAAUAAUGAGAAAAUUAACAAUACUGUACAGCGAUAUUUUUUUUUUCUUCAAAUUCAACUUAAAACAUUUAUAAAUCAACCACAAUGUAUGUGAAUAUUCAUAACCAAUCAACCAAUAAUUUUUGGUUCCAUGUAAUGAAUAUUCAGAUCUUCAAAACAUUGCCUAAAAUCCAAACAAUGUACAAUUUCACUUCAAAAAUUAACAGUAACAUCCUAACACUUGGCUUAAAGAAGAAAAAAAAUCACGUCUCAAUAUAUAUAAACAUUUAAAAUGCAAAAUUUUUAAGCCAGAGAAACAAUUUACACAAUGUAAUUUCAUGAGAUCACAAGCAUAUAAAAUUACUACAUGGAUCACAAUACAAUGUAUUUGUUUUGUAUGAAUCAAAUAACUCAAUUUUUUUUCAUAAUUACUAGUACUGUGAUGGGCUUCUUUUUGGAGAAAUAAGUACAUGUACAUGUACUUCUGAACGAUUCCCAAAUGGUAACAAUAAAAAAAAAUUUAAAAAAAACUUUGGACGUUUGAAAAAUGAGGAAUGGUUUCAACAGUGGACUGGAAGAAAGUCAAUGAAACAACAUGAGACUAGAUCAAGUCUACUGGAAUGCUAAAUGUACAUGUCAUUCCUAUACAGACCUAUAUAUCCUUUAUCUUUGAAAUGUUGUGUACAAUGAAUGCACAAGAUGUCUGUCUACGAGUGGGAAUUCGUGGAACAAAAGAACGCAUCUCAAAGGCGGUUUCAAUGCAAAAGAUCUGUUACGCAUGUGUCUAGGAUGAACCAUGUACAUGUACACUGCUAAGGAAUGGUUGGCUUUGCUAAUAAAACAAACUUCCAAAUUUGCCAACAGAUUCAAAUCACAUCCAACAGAAUUUCAAAUUAGUGUUGUAAAUGACUAACAAGGCUGAGCUUUAUAAAACAAGCUAAACAUCAUAACUUUUUGAUUUAAAACAUGUGAGCAUCUAGCCAUCACUUCAAAAAUGAGGGGAAAAAACUUGAAAUAGGUCAUUGUUUCCCUUUACAGCAAAGCCUAUACCAACUUUUUUAUAACUCCAAAAUCUUUGAGAAAACUACAUGUACAUGUAGCUUUCUGUUUUACAGUGCUCACAAUGUACAGCAAGUAUCAAUAUUAGAAUUUUUUUAACAAGAAUAUAAAACCAUUUGCUUGCGUACAGAUAUACAGAUAACCCUGUGGUACAAAAUUACGACUGACUGCUGUAAAGUAGUGAGUCUUCACAUAUCUCAGUUAACAUUUUUACAAAUGUGUAAAACACAUCAUAAGUCACCUAUCCACUCACAUAAAAAUGUAGGAAAAAGUUAACAGAGAAAAAAAGCUGUGGAUAAUUUCAAUUAUUUGAUAUGAAUGGAACUUGCUUUAGCUUGGGUAUAAAAGAGACACGAUAUCAUAAAAUAGGAAAAUGUUUAUUUUUUUUUAACGAUUUUCUUCGGUCUCAAAUCAAUAGAACUGUCUCAUUUUUUUUUUAAAAACAGUAUACUUCAAAACGUCCUGUUUUUUUUUGGCAACAAAAAUAUCAACCAUUUAAAUCAAGUUCCGAGGUACACACAACAACUGAUACAAAAUUCUACGAAUUCUUCUUAACAUCGACAAUAAAAUCAGUAUAGAAAAUUCAACUGUUAUUUUAAAUUGCUGAUGAUCAUUUCUUUUCUUUGAAGUCAAAUUUCACGCUGUACAAAUGGUAUUUACAUUAUUAUUUUACACUUCAAUACAAAAACACACACGUUCUCGUAUAACUUUUCAGUUUUUCUGGAAUACUUUGAAAAACCAAGUACUGGAUUUCUUGUUAGUUUUUAGGAGGGUUAAGUUGUCGUCACUUAAAAAAAAGGUUUAUUUUUUCCAAUGUCUACUUGUAAAGUAAAUGUCUAUCACAAGCCAAUGUGGAUGGGAUGCCAGUCCAUCGCAGGUUACUUGCCAGCUAAGGCCGGUACCCACUUAUACUCCUGGGUGGAGAGAGGCAAGUGGAGGUGAAGUGGCUUGCUUCAUAAUUAAUGACACAACAUAUGCAACCCCUGAUACCUCUGUUCACGAGUCACAAACUCCAACCACUAGGUUACACUUUAUGAGCUCCGUGCGCUACCAAAAGAGGGCGCCCUUUUACCUAACAACGACGCCCCAUGGGCGGGACAUUUCACUGGUUGACACGCACCGUUCCUUGUGUGUGACGCACGUACACCAGAGGAUUUGUUCUAUUUACGCGCAGUGGCCGCGCUUUGCGGCAAAUGAAUUGCAGUCAGGCAAGAUGGUGUCAGUCGGUCACCCCCAACUGUACUUCCUUUGCCGGUGAGGGGGUGCUUGUGAACGGAGCGGAUAGAGGACUUCAUCUUUAUCUUCACAAUGCCAAUACCCUGAAUAAUAUCCUCACAGAGUAUUGGCUAUGUGUAUGGACUAUUGAGGGUGCUAUACAACCUCCUUAUUACAGAAUCAUACAGGGACACAUCCUUGUUACUGAAGACCCAAUCUGGUUGUCCAUCAAUUUUUUAAAAAUUUUCAUCCAUACCACACAAGAGUUAUUGGAUUGAGGGUUGCAUAGUACUACUUGUCCCAAAUAAGUACUGUACAGGGUGACCC